GCGCCGCAAGGGCCUGAUGGGGGUGAGCCAGGGUUUCGGGGACGCUGAGCGCCACUUUCCUCCUCCCUGGCAGUGAGAGAGAGGGGGACGAGGGGGAAGCGGGCUGCUGUCCUGCCAGGCCACUUUCGCUGCGCUAUUCCGCGAGCUCCCGGCAGGAGGUGAAAGUCCCCGGCGGGGUCCGGAUGGCGCAGUUGAGCUGCGCCUGCUGAACUCGCGGCCGCCUGCGCACGCAGGGCACGGGGACUCGUCUCGGCUGCUCCCCCACUUCGCGGCGGACGAUCGGUUCCCGGACACGCAGCCGACGAGACAAUUUGACAGUUGCAGAGAGGGAUUUUAAGGCCACUUCUGACUUGCCAAGCUCGCCUUCGACCUGAAAGACCAAAGGCUGCGGUGACUGGAGGGGGCCCCCGUUGGAGAAAUGGCAGUGACUUCCCACCACGUGAUCACCACCAUGUUCGCCCUGAUGAGCUCCUGUCUGGCUGGUCCAGAGCCCAGCACCCCGUGUGAGCUGUCACCGAUCAACGCUUCUCACCCUGUCCAGGCCUUGAUGGAGAGUUUCACUGUUCUGUCUGGCUGUGCCAGCAGAGGCACAACUGGGUUUCCCCAGGAGGUUCACGUCUUAAACCUCCGCAUUGCGAACCAGGGAGCAGGGCGGCUGCAGAGGGAGGUUACACUGCAUCUGAGACCCAUCUCCUCAGUUCACAUUCACUACAAGCCAGUUGUGUUCCUGCUCAACUCCCCACAGCCCCUGGUCUGGCAUCUGAAGACAGAGAGACUGGCCAACGGCGUUCCCAGAUUUUUCUUGGUGUCGAAGGGCUCUAAGGUCCAGUUUUCAUCAGGAAACUUCUCCUCAACAGCGGACACAGAAGAGAGGAUUUUUCCUCAAGGGAACGAGCAUCUGCUAAACUGGGCCCGGAAGUUAUACGGAGCGGUGACUUCAUUCACGGAACUCAAGAUAGCAAGAAACAUCUAUAUUAAAGUGGGGGAAGAUCAAGUGUUUCCUCCCACGUGCACCAUCGGAAAGAAUUUUCUCUCGCUCAAUUACCUUGCUGAGUACCUUCAACCCAAGCCUGCCGAAGGCUGCGUCCUGUCCAGUCAGCCCCAGGAGAAGGAAGUACACAUCAUUGAACUAAUCGCCCCCAACUCAAACACACACAGCCCCCUCCAGGUGGAUAUAGUCAUCGACAUACAACCCGCUCGAGAGGGCCCUGAGGUGGUCAGAGACCUCAUCCUCAUCCUGAAGUGCAAGAAGGAUGUCAACUGGGUGAUCAAAUCCUUUGACGUCAAGGGAAGCCUGAAAGUUAUUGCUACCAACAGCGUUGGCUUUGGAAAAGACAGUGAAAGAUCCAUGACAGUGACCAAGUCGAUAAAAAACGACACCCUUUCCACCCAAGAGAAUCUGGUGCAGUGGGCAUUGGAUAAUGGCUACAGCCCAGUGACGUCAUACACCAUGGUGCCUGUGGCGAAUAGAUUUCAUCUCCGGCUUGAGAACAAUAAUGAGGAGAUGAGAGACGAGGAAGUUCACACCACUCCUCCAGAGCUUUGGAUCCUGCUGGGCCAUGGCCACGGGCCUACCCUGGAUAACCCACCCUUCCUGGGAGGGAAAAACAAAGAUGAAGGUCUCCCGUUCUCUUUCGGGAAUAUCCCCAAGAAAGGCUGGAAGGAGGGAGAAGAUAGGAUUCUCCAUCCAAAGAAUCCUGCCAUUCCCAGCAUCCCACUGUUUCGGGACCACAGAGAGCUGGAAGAAGUACAGGGGGGUGUGGCCAACGCCUUGUCGGUCAAGUGUGACAGUGAAAAGCUGACCGUAACUGUGAGCAAAGACUCCCUCAGAGACUCUCUCAAGACCGGUAACUACUCAGAGAUAGAGCUCACCCUGUCAAAUCAUUCCUGCAAAGCCAAAAUGAACGGCACCCACUUUGUUUUGGAGUCCCCCCUGAAUGGCUGUGGCACUGGACACUGGCGGUCAGCCCCUGACGGUGUGGUCUACUAUAACUCGAUUGUGGUGCAGACGCCAUCCCGUGGGGAUGGCAGUGGCAGCGGGUCAGGUGGCUUUGAAGACUUGGAGUCAGGUGACAGUGGAUUUUCAGGAGACACGGAUGAAGGAGAGGCCAUCCCCCUGAGCCGAGCUAGAACUGUGAAGGUGUUCCAGUUUAACUGCAGCUUGCGGCAGCUGAGGAAUCCCAGUGGCUUCCAGGAUCCGCUCGAUGGAAACAUCACCUUCAACAUGGAGCUGUACAGCACAGACCUCUUUCUGGUGCCCUCCCCCGGGGUCUUCUCUGUGGCAGAGAACGGGCAUGUUUAUGUGGAGGUAUCCGUCACCAAGGCCGACCAAGAACUGGGCUUUGCCAUCCAAACCUGCUUUGUCUCUCCAUUCUCAAACCCGGACAGGAUGUCUGAUUACACCAUUAUCGAGAACAUCUGUCCCAAGGAUGAGUCUGUGAAAUUCUACAGCUCCAAGAGAGUGCACUUCCCCAUCCCGCACGCCGAGGUGGACAAGAAACGCUUCAGCUUUGUCUUCAAGUCCGUGUUCAACACCUCCCUGCUCUUCCUACAGUGCGAGCUGACGCUGUGCACCAGGAGGAAGGGCCCGCAGAGGCUGCCGAAGUGCGUGAGUCCUGAUGAGGCCUGCACCUCUCUAGAUGCCGCCAUGAUCUGGACCAUGAUGCAGAAUAAGAAGACGUUUACCAAGCCCCUGGCUGUGAUCCACCAGGCAGAUUAUAAAGAAAACGUUCCAGACACUAAAACUAAGGAGUCCGGUCCAGUUCCUCCCCCUCCACAGAUUUUCCAUGGUCUGGACACACUAACCGUAAUGGGCAUUGCGUUUGCUGCCUUUGUUAUUGGAGCACUCCUGACGGGGGCCUUGUGGUACAUCUAUUCCCACACAGGAGAAACAGCACGAAGGCAGCAAGUCCCCACCUCACCACCGGCCUCGGAGAACAGCAGCGCAGCCCACAGCAUCGGCAGCACUCAGAGCAGCCCCUGCUCCAGCAGCAGCAUGGCCUAGUGGGAGCCCGGUCGUCGCUGCCGCCGCCACCAGGGCAGGGCCCAAAGCCGCCGCUGCCUGUCCAGACUCCGAAGGCUCCAUCUGGGCUCCCAGUAAAGAGAGAGUGAAUUUCAGUGUGCCAACAGCCUGUUGCACCCACCCCCCAUCACCCCGGACAUCUGUCACAUAUGAAAGCUAAGCCAGUGGCCUUCUCCAGACCCUCGGAGGAUGAGGGUUUCAAUGUGAAACACACUAGUGUUUUCUUUUUUAAUGCUGCUUUGUCCAGGUGUCCAAACAGCCAUCAUCUGGGGUCAGAAGUUUGACCCAGAGUAAGGGGGAAGGAGAAAGGAAGACAGCCAGAGAAUAGAGCCAGGGAGACGUGGCCAAAGAUGCCCUCCUAGCUGCACCAAGAUGUAAAAUAGAAGAAAUGUCCCCUCCGUAUCCAAUCCGCACCUCUCUCUGGGUGCCCACUCCUGACCUGCCACACCCUACAUGGUGCCCUGUUUAGCUCGCUAGCCUGGGGGAGCAGGCUACACCCUGCCACUUGUUAAGGCAACAUUCCUUUCUUGGGCCAAAAUGAAUGCUGAUUCCUGUUCCUCCACUCACGUGCACACACACACACACACACACACACACACACACACACGCCAACUCCAUACAUAUCUUAAAGCCAAAUUUGUUAAUUCUUGCAGGCAUACAGAAACAGAAAAUGCCCAAAGUAUGGAACAACGGGUUGUGCCUGUUUCUGACAUUUUGUCCUGACGUGUGUGUGUGUGUGUGUGUGUGUGUGUGUGUGCAUAUAAGCACAAGUGUGUGGCAUCUGCACAUUGGAGAUAAGACCACACCCUCUUUAAAAAUGUUCUAUGCUUCCAGAGUUGAAACGUGAGUUAUAAGCCGUAGACUAUGUGGACUCAAUACAGCGGCCUUUCUGAUGAACCCUUUAUCAAAGCCAGACCCUUCCAGGAGGCCCCAGGUCAUCUCACCGUGUCACCAGUCCUGCCCUCAGAAUGCAGAGAGAGAAGGGCACUAGCUUUAAAGUAGCUCACAAAAAAAGGGUUUCAGGGGAACUUCCUUCAACAGAAAAAUAUGAGGCCACUCUGACAGCGCUCUGUAGCGCUGUGUUAAAACUGAGCCCCAGAGGGGACUCUCCAUGCCGGAUCCACCGUAAAUGAAAUCAGAUUGCUUUCCCAGAAUUCCCCCAAACAACUUAAGAGUCCAUAAGUAGAACAAGCUCGAUUCUAGCCUGAAAUUCUCAGGCGCAAGCUCUACUGCCUUUCAGAGUCAGGUGGUUGUGCUUCAGGAGUGAAAACUUCAGUAGGAAAUGUUGCUGGUAGAAACAGGGCAAAUGGAUGGAGAGGGCAGUGUCUUUGUCACUGAGUCGUAGUCUGGGUGGAUGGAUGGAUGGAUGGAUGGGUGGGCGUAUAGGUGGAUGGAUGGG